UAUAGACACCCAACGUGAGGCUGUCCAUCUGUUACUCCUCAAGGAAAGGUGUUGUCAGUGUCAAAGAGAAGUGCCAAAACAUGUCGGAGGAUUUCUCGGUAACCACUGAAGGCAUGGUGGAAGCAGCUGCUUUUUAAAGGGGCAUUGUCACGCAGUGUUUUUCCUGUGAAGAGGUGGAGCUACGCUCUCUCCAAGGUGCUGUCCUGAAAGGCUCGCAGAAAUAUCGUCACCGGUCACAAUGUCAAAGUCAUCAAGUUCUUCUGGACCACAGCAAGUAAAGUACUCCCGGAGAGUAGCCCUGAAGAAGGUGGUGCACCCUUCUGACAGCAGCAAGGAGGAUGAAAAAUUAUGGAAGCCUUCAGUUGUUCCAUCAAGUGAUUCUGAGGAGCCGCCACCAAAUGCAUUUAUGCAGAGAAGAGCCAAGAACAUUGAGGAUAACAAAGCCAUGGUCACAAUGUCAAAGUCAUCAAGUGCUUCUGGACCACAGCAAGUAAAAAAGUACUCGCUGAGAGUAGCCCUGAAGAAGGUUGCGUACCCUUCUGACAGCAGCGAGGAAGAUGAAAAAUUAAAGAAGCCGCCAGUUGUCCCAUCAAGUGAUUCGGAGGAGGAGCCACCACCACCACCAAAUGCAUUUAUGCAGAGAAGAGCCAAGAACAUUGAGGAUAACAAAGCCAUGCUGGCCAAGCUUAUGUCAGAGUUGGAGAAAUUGCCGGGACACUUGGAACCGGAUUCCAGUAACCAGAACCAUGGGACUCCGAAGUACUCAAGACGUUCCAGAGGAUCGCUUGUAGCAGCUGAACCAAGAAGAAACCCAGCCCGUGCCGCACGACGUGUGACUCGCUCUAUGGGAACAGUGCUGCCCUCCUCACCAGAAAAGGACACAGACUAUCAGAGCCUGGAGGAUCAGCUAUUGGAAGAGAGAGAACCAACAAGAAGGCGGCAAAGCAGUCGACAAAGCAUUCAUACGAUUCCCCAUGUUGUUCGUCCAGUAGAGGAAAUCACUGAGGAUGACCUGAAGAAUGUGGCUGACAAUUUUAAGGCAAAGGUGUACAACACUGUGUCUGGUUCUACCUGUCAUCAAUGCCGACAGAAAACUAUAGACACAAAGACAAACUGUCGCAACGUAGAGUGUAGAGGCAUCCAAGGACAGUUCUGUGGCCCAUGUCUGAGGAUCAGAUAUGGAGAAGAUGUAUGCAAAGCUCUUUUAGAUCCAGACUGGACCUGCCCCCCAUGCAGAGGGAUCUGCAACUGCAGUUUUUGCCGUCAGAAAGAUGGUCGCUGUGCUACUGGUAUUUUGUUUCCUGUAGCCCGUUAUAAUGGCUAUAGUGACGUCCAUUCCUACCUGAAAAGUUUGCAGAGAAGUAAAAACGAGCCAAGUGACGAAGACUCUCCAUAGGGGACCUGACAGACUGCCUUAUCAUUGGCUGUUAAUGUUGCUUGCUCUUGGUUUUUAAUGUUUGCUUUUGUUGUGAAAAUUUUAAAUAAAAUGUUAUUUUUCUACAAAUUG